AGAAACCAAAACACAAAUCAUGAUUAAGCUUCAUUUAGACGCAAACGCCAAAAGUAGGUUAAGGUAUUCAAUUGUAAGUACACAAAUAGAUGCCAGUAGUAUUACUAGAAUGGCUCAUGAGAAAACCUACCGGACAAAUGUGAGAAUCGGAAACUGGAAUGAGGACCUGUGCUUAGAAGAGGAUGCAAAGAAAGAGUAUCUGGAGAAAAAAGCCAGGGGUGAGCUUGCUGCCCAGAAAGUAGACUUCCUCAAACAAAACAUUUUGAGACCGGUAAAUCUCACUGUGAUAAAUGAUGGAAGACUGCACUUUGGGGAUGUUGUUAUGUUGGUGAACAUGGGAGGAGAAAAUAGGGAGUGCAGUGCAGUGAGCAUCAACACAGACAUUAACAGUUUGACGAAGAUUCCUUCGCCUGGCAUUCAAGCCCCAUGUGCUGUCAGUGCAGGAAGAGGUAUUCAGGCUUGUGCACGCACAGCCUUCAUCAUUACCAGUGUUGAUGGCAGUCCUGAAGGGUCAAUUCUGCAUUUUGAGCAAAGUUUUGCUCUGAAAACGACAAGUGGCUUUGCCAGUGGACUUUACUUGACGAGUGACCUGAAAAGUUUUCAAAAGUGUGCAAAAAAAUCCCGGCUGCAAGAAGUUAACUUGGAGAACAGCAGUUCCUUUCUGUCAUGGUGGAAGAUAACUCACUUUGACCCCCAGGAGAGGCUUGAAUUUGAGGGCCAGCCUGUUCCUGCUAAUGUGAGCGUGCUGAUUAUACACUGCAAGACAAACCAGGCUCUUGCUGUUCUGGGUGAUCACAUCCUUUGGACCACAUACGGCAAAGAGUAUGAGAUGACGGCUCACACCUUCCUGGACUCACACAAAGCCGAGCAGGAUAACAACCACUGGACAGUGUGCACCGCUGAUCCUUCAGGGAACGGGCUCGUACUUCUCAACCACUCACAGUCAGUGACCAACAAGGAGCUCACACAGGCCAACCCUGACAUGUAAAUCUAUCAGACACAGACACAGUUCACUCAUGCUUUUACAAAUAGGGCAGGCAGAUGGAUCAUCAUUAUCAAAACCUAAAAAAGAAUGUUUAAAUAAAAGUUGUGUU